AGAGUCCCACAGUUAGUAUCCAUAAGUGAAAGUGUCCAACACGGGACACCAUAAUUUAUCAGUUUGCAACACUCCCAAGUUUCUCUACCUUGCCCUUCUCACCAAUUAUUAUUUCAGACAGCUGUGAAGAGAGGCUUGCUUUGUAGUUUUCUUUUUCUUUGUAGCUUCCAGGGCAGCACGACCUCACAGUUGAGGAGACGACCCUUUUCUCGUUCGAGUGCAAGCGACUUUAAAGGCGAUACGAGGCUUGACAGUUGCUCUUUUUUCUUAUAUCAUCACACGCAAGUCGCGCUUUUUGCUCACCUCGCGCUUGGCCAUGCUGACUGUCUCUUUGCCAGGAUAAUUUAAAAAUUCUACAUUUCUCGGCCCUGGUAAUUAGAACGUGAUGAUGUCAACUCGUUGUGCCGCAAUUUUCUCAAAAUUUGCAGCACAAUUUAAGUACUUAAAAGUACUUACCGGGAGCAUUGGGAUUGUGCGUAAAGCCGAUGCCCUCCGCUAUUUCUGUCAGCCGUUCCAAAUACUGCAGAUCACGCUCUUUUAGAAGCGAGUUGAGCGCAAUCAUGGUUAACAACACUUCGGAGAAUGAACUGGAGCUUUUUGAAGGAUAUCGCGCACAAUCAGGGAGUCACGCUCGCAGAGGAAACCCAUGGCGGUGGGUUCUUUGUGUUCUCGUCGUGGUGAUACUGCUUGUUGUUAUGGGGACUCUAAUGGCGAUGUUUGGUCCUGGAAGUAAAGACUUGAAGUAUCACGACCGCGAGGUCUGUGAAGGAACAGAGAAGGAUAAAGUACAGUCUUCAAGACGUAAUUUGCAGUGCGACGUAGCCAUUAUCGGAGGAGGUUUAUCAGGAUUGUACAUGGCUGAAACACUCUUGAGAAAAAAGAAAGAGACAAGCGUUUGUGUUUUUGAGAAAGAGGAUCGAUUUGGUGGCAGGAUAUUUGAUUACUGGUUUCCUCAAGCCCCUGAUAUAAGUGUUGGUAAAGAACUACUUAGUAGUAAGCAACAAAAGAACGAACGAGCGAGCGGGCAAAGGAAGGAACGAACGAGCGCUAGAGCGAGUGAGUGGGCACACGAACGCACGAACGUUCGACCGACCGACCAACCGACCAAACGAACGAACGAACGAACGAACGAUGUCUUGUGAGACACAAAAGUGUUUUGAUGCAGAAAACAGCACGACGUG